UUUUUAUGAAGAACAUAGAAAGAGUGAGAAUGGAUAGAUAUGGAUGCUAGGAACACAUUUGAACAUUAUCUGUGCUUCCUUGAACAUUUCCAUGAGCAAGUUAGUGCACAAAAAAGAUGGGAACCAAAAUAAUGAAUAAUCUUCUCAGAUUCUUGAACAGCUUAUUGUUCAAAUUUCACAUUUUCUGAAUAGCUACCUUAUGUCAUUCCUCAUUGCGCUUUUACCCACCUUCAUUUUUCUUCACACUGCUUGCUUCUACCUGCUAUUAGGUUAUACAUACAUUUGUUUAUUUGUUUAAUAUCUGCCUCCUCUACUGUAAUGUAUGCUGCACUAAGGUGGGGGAUUUGUUAAUUUGUGUACUGCUGUUACUCCAGAACCUAAAACAAAAAGAAAAAAAAAAAAUCAAGCUUUGCAGUGUGAAGGGCUGAAUUUAUAAUGAAGAGAGGACAAUUCUUGAUUUUGUACUUUCUUAAUCCUGUAUCAAGAGACAAAUAUCACCAAUACAACAUCCUUAAAUGAAAUGAGGCUGGAGAUCUAUGGGUUUCAAGUGAAAAUGCUGUACUGAAUAUUUACCUUCUAUUUUGUACAGAAAAUACUAGGAUAUCAGACCCGGAGGAAUUCAAGAGAGAUACAACUUCCUUCAUUUGUUCAUUUCAAUGAUGCAAAUGAUCAACUGCUUUUCAUAUCUGAUUUUUAUCCCUUUUUGGCAAUUUUCUUUUCCUCAUGAUGUUUGAAAGGAAAUACCAAAUGCAGAGUUCCUCAUAAAGACAGGUAUAUAUGUGUAUGCACACAAAUAUUUGGUGUGUAUAUGAGAGAGAGAGAAUAUUUGAGGUACAUGUCGAAAGAGACAGUGAGAUAGAUAACACAGGGAUACAGGGUGAAAAUAGUUCAUGUAGAUAUUCUGUUAUGAUUGUUGAAAAAUGAAGAGAAGUUGACCAUGAAAGAAUGGAUCAAUGAGUGAAUGAUAAUGUGGUUGGAAUAAGUGCAGAAUUAGGAUCAGAUGGAAACCCUCUCAUUCCUUACACUUUCAGGUUGCAAAAGAUGAGAAAAUGUUCUCCCCAAACUGUACUACAGUGACCGAAUUCAUUCUUGUAGGACUCACAGACAACCCCAUAUUGCAGAAGAUCCUGUUUGGGGUGUUUCUGGUGAUCUACCUAGUCACACUCAUGGUGAACCUGUGCAUGAUCUUGCUGAUCAGGACCAAUUCCUGUCUCCAGACUCCCAUGUAUUUCUUCCUUGGCCACCUCUCUUUUGUAGACAUUGGCUACUCCUCUAAUAUUACCCCCAAUAUGCUGUACAACUUCCUCUCAGACCGAAAGACCAUCUCCUAUGCUGGAUGCUUCACACAGUGUCUUCUCUUCAUUACCCUGGUGAUCACUGAGCUUUACAUCCUUGCUUCAAUGGCAUUGGAUCGCUAUGUUGCCAUUUGUAGCCCUCUCCAUUACACUACCAGAAUGUCCAAGAACGUUUGUAUCUGUCUAGUCACAGUCCCUUAUGUUUAUGGCUUCCUAAAUGGACUCUCUCAGGCAGUUUUGACUUUUCACUUAUCUUUCUGUGGCUCCCUCGAAAUCAAUCAUUUUUAUUGUGCAGAUCCUCCUCUCAUAAUGCUGGCUUGCUUUGACAUCUAUGCCAAAAAGAUGGCAAUGUUUAUAAUUGCCGGCUUUACUCUCUUCAGCUCUCUCUUCGUCAUUCUUCUGUCCUACCUUUUCAUUUUUGUGGCCAUCUUGAGGAUGCAUUCUGCUGAAGGCAGGCACAAAGCCUUCUCUACUUCUGCUUCCCACCUGGCAACGGUCACAAUAUUUUAUGGAACCCUCUUCUGCAUGUACUUAAGGCCCCCGUCUGAGAAGUCCAUAGAGGAGUCCAAAAUAAUUGCAGUCUUUUAUACUUUUUUGAGCCCAAUGCUGAACCCAUUGAUCUAUAGCCUAAGGAACAAGGAUGUGAUUCAUGCCAUGCAGCAAGCGAUCAGGGGAAAUCUCUUUCAUAAAAUUGCAGUUUAAGAGUCUGUUCAUUUACAGUCAUUAAAUUCCUUGGAUAACACAAUGACUCCUAUCAAAAGAUAUACCUACUAUUCAGUGAUCAUAAUUUAUCAUCAUGAACUGUCAGUGAUCACUUUAGCUAGUUUCUUCUCAAAAUUAACACCUUCAGGACAGAGUGUCUUUAUAGAAAUUUUAAUAUUUAGACUAAGGAUAUUUUCUUUGGCAGAUAUCUUCUGGAAUCAAGUUGGUUGGGAUCCAAAAAUUCAGCAUAAUAAUCAACUUGGUUACUUA